AUGAACCUCCUCCCCCUCCUCCUCACCCUCACCACCUUCCUCCUCCCCCUCACAGCAGCCUUCACCUCGACCUUCCAAAACUGCCAAAACCUCAACCGCCUCAACCAAACCGUCCACCGCGUCCACCCUCUCCUGGAAAAAUUCUCCUCUGUGCACGCCUCCAAAUCCCAAACAGCCGUCACCACAACCACCACCACCCUCGCCAACGGAACCACCAUCACCGUCACAAACACUACCUCAUCCGCUGCAGUCGAGAGGAUUGAAGGCGUUAGGGCUCUACUUCUCUCCUCCCAGGAGAAGAUCUAUGGCCGGUUGAGUAACUGCUCGAGUGAUGCGGUGGUAGCGCCCCGGAAUGUGCUGGUGAAGGGCGGCGUGAAGAGAGAUGACGACGACGAUGAUGAAUCUUGCACUUUGACUGAUGUUUUGGAUCAGUUGGUGGAUACGUUGGAGUGUGUGUUGAGCUUUGCGACGGGUCUGUUGGAGACUAUUCUUGAUGGGGUUUUUGAUUUGUUGAAGGAUGUUAUUGAGGGGGUGGAGAAGUUGUUGUAAUGUGUUUUAUUACUGUGCAGGUGGGGGGACUUGGAAGAAGAGUUGGUGCUGUAUAAUUGAUUAUAAAAGGAGGGCUUCGACGCUUAUCGGGGAAAUGAUCCUUUGCUGGAUCAUGUCAUGUCGCAAAAUACCCAUUUAUAUACUUGGUAUACUCGUCGAGUAUAGACACCACCCUACUUAAUGAAUUCUGUCACCGUUAGCCUGAGGAUGGGUUGUACAAUUGCA